AUGGCGCGUUUCGUCGACCUCGAGGAGUCUGACGAAGAUUCGUCCUGCAGUCCUGCCCAGGCCUACACACGCAAGGUUAUAGCAGCUGCUCGCACGCCGUCUCAGCCUGCUCAAACAGAAAAUCAUGAGAGCAGGCCCGAGGUCAGCGACAACGACCACGCGAGCCGAGCCAGCUUCGCAGCGGCUCUGACUUGCUAUCCUGUCAGCUGGGUCGAGAUCGACUGCUCGGAUGGAUCUCUGGUUGAUCACUCAGACAAUGAGAUAAUACCUGGAAGCAGAGUUGGUACUCCUACUGGAGACCGCCAUGACAGCCCUAGUCCACCAAGUAACAAGCCCGGGUACCUUCAACAGGAGAUCGAGGGCAUUGGCGGCGUUGUUAAGAAAAAGGUCAAAAAGCGAGUCAAGGUUGGCGCAACGGUCUGGGAAUACGAUGAUGAGAGAACUUCUGGCAAAUACUUGGAGCGCGAGAUCAGUGGUCGAGAACGGAGCUGGUGCGGAUGGUGCGAUCGAGUGUGCCUGGGAGAACACGAUCGACAGGUACCUGCAUAG